AUGUUUGAAGACAGCGGGGACAAGAAGGACACCCCAUGUCCAGAUAACUGGACAGCCUUUAGAACGUCGUGCUACCAGUUUGUGAAUCACAGCCGCUCCUUUGCUGGAGCUCAGGACUGGUGUGAGAAGGGAGGAGGACACCUUGUGAUAGUUGCAGAUGAAGAAACUCAGCUUUUUCUUCAGACACAUCUGGACCCAGCGGAGGACUCUUGGGUCGGCCUCUCCCAAACCCACCCAUUAAAUUCGUCCAGUCAAGCUCCACUCCAAUGGGUAGAUGGUUCCAACAUCACCUACUCCAACUGGGUGACUGCUCCACAACCCGGAUCCUUGUGUGGAUUGGUCCUCAGGAACUCAAGCUUUCAAUGGGAGGCAACAAGCGACUGCUCCAGGACGCUGCACUUCAUUUGCCAGUUUGAAACCACGAGGGCUGUUGAGUGUCGAGGCAGCGACUCCAUUCUGCAGUGUCAGUCUGGUCAGGUGUUAAUGAUCGACGCUGCAGUCUUUGGUCGAGAAAGCCCUAAUUACUGUCCAUCUACACUUGCUGAGCGAAACACGCUCUGUCCCUCGGUGGAGGUCAGAGACGAGUUGGCCGUCCUCUGUCAGGGUCGUCCAUCCUGUCGUGUGGGAGGAUUUUUCAGCUCCUUCGAUGAACCCUGCCCUGCGACAGAGAGCUACUUGUCUGUGGAUUAUCACUGCCAAGGCGCGCUCACUCUGUCGCUUGAGUCGGUGGCUGCUGUGUUUACCGACGUGACCAUUGAGGUGAAGUGGUUUUUAAAUCCCGAAGAGAACCUUCGCUGCAGUCUAAAUGCUGGAGACGGACACAUGAUCACGCUUGAUGCUGACCAGCAGGGCUGCAGCAUGGUGCACCAGUACAGUGAAGCAGGUGACUUCACUGUGACGGCAGAGUGCACAAACACAGACAUGCAUGUCACAGCUCUGGAGAAAAUCACCCUUCAGGAGCCUGUCUCAGAGUUUGCUGUCAUCAAAUGUGUCUCUGGCACUCUGCCUUUCAUAGACACCCAUUGCCAAACCAUUUAUGGAGGGUCUCUGGAAAUUCAAACUGCUGUUAAAACAGGCACUGAUGUGAGCUACACCCUCCUGAACGGUGACGUGACCUUGGCCUCUCUGUCAGUGAGUAGAGGAAACGUUUCCUCUAACAUGAGUGUAUCUGCUGAGAAGGUCCAGCUGCUCGGGCCUGGGUGCCAUCAUUUGACCCUUCAGGCUUCAAACACUGUCACCGUGCCUCAUGUGACCACCAGUCUGCUGGUGUGUGUUUUGGAGAGAAUCUCUGGACUGCGAGCAGAAAUCCUGACCAACAAGAGCAGCUGCUGGAGUCAUACAGACUUCGCAGUGGGUGUUUCUGUGGACAGUGGCAGUCCUGUGACACUUGACUUCUCUCUUAUCGGACAGGAGAGCUGUUCAUCUGAGGUCAGAGACAUGACUGCACGGACAGACGUCUUUCAAAUUCAGAAUGCAUUCGAAGGAUCAGUAAAACUAACAAUCAGAGCAUGGAAUCUUUUUUCAUCCGCUGUGGUGGAGGUGGAGCACAUUGGCUGUAAUUGGACGAUGAACGACAUGAAUGACUUUUUCUCCAGUUAUUUGUCAGAACAGCACACCAGAGUCAAGCGACAGGUCAUGGACGUCUUUGCUCAACCUUCAAAUGAAGUGUUCAACAAAAACCACGAAAUAACACUUUCACUGGACGCAGCAUAUCACAGAAAGCCUGACAGAACAUACAGAUGGUCCUGCGAUCCCUGUAAAUGUGAGGGACCGUGGGAAACGGAGAGUCACGUGAUCACACGCGAGUGCCUGCCCCGGCCCUUUCACUACUUCAUGUAUUAUUUGAACGAGUACAAGGAUGACCUUUUGGAGCAUUCAGAGCCCAUAUGUGUCACGCUCACACCCCCGGUUGUCUUGCCCGUAAAUCUUACUUGUGUGGAGGGUUGUGACGGCAAAACUAUCACUCUGGCUAACAUCACGAUGACCUGUGAGAGUGACUGCCCCGAAGUCACCUGGUAUAUUGAAGACCCAAGAGACGUGAAUGAUUGGAAUACUACAACACGACCAUGUCAUGAAGAGAAUAACACCAGGCCUCUAAUAGAUGGUCAGGCAGGAGGCAGCGAGUACCUUGUGAAUGAGGAAAGUCUUGCCUGGGCCCAGAGUGAAAACCAGGAUAUUGUUGUGGUGGUCACUACAGAUGAGGAUGAACCGCGUUAUAAAAAAUUAACUAUUGAGCAACCAUCGUCCUCCUCCUCAUCCAAAUCCAAGUCAGCUAAAUCAUCAUCUAAAUCAUCAUCCAAAUCCAAGUCACCUAAAUCAUCAUCUAAAUCAUCAUCCAAAUCCAAGUCACCUAAAUCAUCAUCUAAAUCAUCAUCCAAAUCCAAGUCACCUAAAUCAUCAUCUAAAUCAUCAUCCAAAUCCAAGUCACCUAAAUCAUCAUCCAAAUCGUCAUCUAAGUCAUCAUCCAAAUCGUCAUCUAAGUCAUCGUCGGGUUCAUCAUCUAAGUCAUCGUCGGGUUCAUCAUCUAAGUCAUCGUCCGGUUCAUCAUCUAAGUCAUCGUCGGGUUCAUCAUCUAAGUCAUCGUCGGGUUCAUCAUCUAAGUCAUCGUCGGGUUCAUCCUCUAAGUCAUCGUCCGGUUCAUCAUCUACAUCGUCCGAAUCAUUACAAUCUUCAAAUUCAUCUGGCUCCUCCAAAUCCUCAUCUGAAGACAACGCAAACAACGGUCAAAAUAGUGGAACUCCAACAACAUCAAAGCCUAAAGUUACGUCUACAGCUGGCCUUCCACCUGUACCUAGACUGUCAUCUCCACCUGCUUCUGCAGGCACACCUGUACCUAGGCCUACACCAGAUUCUUCACCUGGCCCUCCAUCUGCACCUGGAACCCCAUCUCCACCAGCUCCUGCAGGCACACCUGCACAGGAAUCUACACCUGUGCCCCCAUCUGCACCUGGAACCCCAUCUCCACCAGCUCCUGCAGGCACACCUGCACAGGAAUCUACACCUGUGCCCCCAUCUGCACCUGGAACCCCAUCUCCACCAGCUCCUGCAGGCACACCUGCACAGGAAUCUACACCUGUGCCCCCAUCUGCACCUGGAACCCCAUCUCCACCAGCUCCUGCAGGCACACCUGCACAGGAAUCUACACCUGUGCCCCCAUCUGCACCUGGAACCCCAUCUCCACCAGCUGCUUCAGACACACCUGCACAGGAAUCUACACCUGCUCACCCAUCUGCAUUUACCCCAGCAGCCACACCAGUAUCCCCGCUGUCACCUGCCCCUACACCUACAUCCCAAAUCACGAGUCCUACACCACCAGCCUCAACCCCCACAAGUCCUGGCACCCUUGUGUGCAGUGCAUAUCCUAUGGUUGGGAGUGUACUGGAGCCUUUCAGCAUCAACUGCGAGACUGCAGCACCCUGUCCCGACUGUCAGUAUUGUGUUAGGAUCAAAGAUGAACGGCAACGCUGUAGUUCCGACCAUAACUUGCAAAACAUUUACCUUCCUGUGGGUAACAGGAUCGACGACUACAACCUCGUCAUCACAGUUACAGCAAAAGUUCACUGUUUCGAAGUGAAAACUACGAUCACUCCACAGGUGACAGACUCAAGCCUGUGUGUUCAAAAACUCAAAGAGACUGUGGAGCACUUGGACGAAUUAUGGCAUCAAGGUGUGCUGCCAGAUGACACUGCAGCUCGACUCCUGUUCAUUGCAGCAAAUAUGUUGAAUGACAAGAUGGAUGCCGAAAAUAAACCAGACAGAGAGGAGCUUCGGGAGCAGAUCUUAGACUUCAUUGCUGAUAUCAUCACAAAAACUCCAAGCUGGACUCCUGAGGAAGUCACUGCGAUUGCCAAGGCACUUAAUCCUGUUGUGCAGCGAGCAGAUGAACUCAGCACUGAAGCGCAGGAAGAUGCUGCCUUGGCAUUGAAAACUCUGAGCUUGUUUUUACUUCAAACGACUGGAAACAAAGACGAAGAAUUUAAGAGCCAAAUGCAAAUUGCAGCUGGGACCCUGGUGGAAGUUGCUAGCAACAUGACAGAAUUCCCCCCAAGUAAACAUGUCACUGAGACCCUCUUUGAUGCGUUGAACAACACCCAGAAUGCAUUACUGGGGUUGAACGAGUUGGAUGGUUGGCCCCUAGUCAUCAAGAAAGGUCACAUCUGUAUGUUGGUCAAUAGAGUGAAGGCAGGUGAGCUAGAAAAACUAUCGGCAGAUCUUCUUGACAAUUCCUGCGCUAGGUUCUCUCUCCCGGACCUGCCCAACAUCGCCCCCGAUGGAGAAGCGGUCAACAUAAAAGUCCUCAGUUUCAGCAAAAAUGUUUUCUCCUGGAACAAGAGAGGCAACAUCAGUGGCGUGAUUGGAUCCCUGACAAUGACAACAAAGAAUGGAACGGUUCUUCCUCUGAGGGACUUAAAGGAAGAUAUUGAGAUUCGCUUGCCAAGGCUGCUUGGUGAACCGGCAAACGUCACUGUGUUGGAUCUGCGAAACUUCAGCACAACGAUCAUCAACAUUCCCCUGAAAGACUCCUCACUGGUGAUUAAGAUUGUGCCCUCGGAGGAUCCUCUGCCAUUGAAGCUCUACCUUGGCUAUUCGACCUACCCAACCGAGCAAAAACAUUUAGCAGUUACGCUGAUGCCUCAUCAAGGACGCACAAUCGAAGAGAAAUACAGCUGGCUGCUGCAGCCCAAGGACUUAAAGGGCAAGGCAGGUACCUACUACCUGUUAGUGCGGCCAAUCGUCGGACCAGGAAUCAAGUACAUUACAGGCAAUUUAUCCAUCAGCACCUUUGGUGCGUCCUGCAAAUUUUGGAAUGAAUCACUAUUGGAUUGGGAUGAUUAUGGAUGCAGGGUUGGUCAGGAGACGUCACAUGAGGUCGUCCAGUGUUUUUGCAAUCACUUGACAGUCUUCGGAAGUUCUUUCUUCGUCACCCCAAACCUUGUGGAUCCCUCGCGCACUGCAGAGUUGUUUGGAACUUUUGGUGAAAACCCAGUGGUUGUUUGUUUCGUCGGGGCGCUCUUUCUGGCCUAUCUGUUGCUGCUUGCAUGGGCCAGAUGGAAAGACGUUCGAGACAAAGCCAAGGUGAAAGUGACAGUUCUGGAUGACAACAACCCCAUGGAUGAGUAUCGCUACCUGUUGUGUGUCAGCACCGGCCUUCGGAGAGGAGCCUCGACUUCAUCUUUGGUGACUGUCUGCCUGUUGGGCUCCCAGGGAAGCAGCGAGCCUCACCACCUGGCCAAUACAAAGCUCAGACUGUUUGGCAGAGGGAUGGUGGAUAUGUUUUUGCUCACCACUCCAUUCUCCCUUGGAGACUUGCAGGCCAUCAGACUGUGGCACAACAACUCAGGAAAACAUCCAGCCUGGUAUGUGUGUCAAGUAGUGGUUCAAGAUCUGCAGACUCAGCAGAAGUGGAAUUUUUUGUGCAACAGCUGGUUGGCCGUUGACAUGGAUGACUGUUGUCUGGAUAAAGUCUUCCCGGUUUCAACAGACGCUGACUUGAAGAAGUUCAGUAACCUGUUCUAUAUGAAGACAACAAAGGACUUCUGUGAUGGCCAUCUCUGGUACUCUGUGAUCAAUGGACCACCCAGCAGCUCCUUCACAUGUGUUCAAAGAGUCUCCUGCUGCUUCUCGUUGCUGCUGUGCACCAUGUUGACCAACAUCAUGUUUUAUGGCAUCCCAACUGACCCAGCUGAGCAGACAUUGGACCUUGGUGCUUUUGAAUUCACCUGGCAGCAGUUCAUGAUUGGAGUUCAAAGUUCACUCAUCAUGUUUCCAGUAAAUAUCCUCAUUGUCAGCGUCUUCAGAUACACCCGACCUCGGAAGACACCAUGCUGCAGGAGGAAACGAAAGCAAAAAGACAAAGUUGAGCUGGAUAACAUCUCGGGGCCGUGCAGUGUGUCCUUUGAGAGCAUUGCCCAAGACAUCAUCAGAUUGUCUCAGUCCCUGUCAGACAGUCAGAAAAGCAACACUGAGUUCAGCGAUGGAAAACAAGUUGACUUUAUCGCUGCGCUUUCUGAGGUUGAAAACUACAUCAAAUGGAAUAACAAGAGCAGUGAGGUCCGUCAGCCCAGAGCUGAGAAUCAAAUGGAUCCUCCUCACCCAUUGCCAGAGGGCAGAACUUCCAUUCAUCCUGUUUCAAAGCUGGAUGGAAAUGCGAUGAAGAGCAACAAAAGCCAUUAUUUAUAUCGCCAGCUGUGUCAAAUUGAAAGACGUCUGAGUCUGCUUGGGCCUUCAGGCUUCCCUUCUGCGCAAAGCUUUGCCCAGACCCAGGGGAAAGUCCAGAGAAUGAAGGGUCUGCUGGAAGAUGAGCUCCACACAUCAAGCAAUGACCUACCACAGAAAAGGGAAGACGGUGAUGGAGCUCUGAAAAAGAGCUCUUGCUGUCAUAGCGGUCUGCCAUGGUGGUUUGUAUUUGUUGGCUGGUUCCUUGUGAUCUCCACCAGUGUAGUGGCCGGAUAUUUCACGAUGCUCUAUGGGCUCAAGUUCGGAAAGGAUCGUUCCAUCAGUUGGUUGACGUCCAUGCUGAUCUCCUUUUUCCAAAGUAUCCUUGUCAUUCAGCCACUGAAGGUGCUUUGUCUGGCUGUAUUCUUUGCAUUGGUCAUUAAAAAAAUAGACGAUGACCAAAUGGAUGAGCUAGCAUUUGUACGGCCAUCCGCUGAGGCAGUCAAACGAGAAGCACAGCUUUAUGCCCCGCCUCUUCCUGUUGACAUUGAAGUAAUGAAGAGGAAUAAAGUGAAAGAACAAAAAGCGUACGCACUCAUGACAGAGAUAUUGAUUUAUCUUUUCUUCAUGUGGAUGUUGCUGCUGGUUGCACACGGCCAGAGGGACCAGAAUGCAUUCUUCCUGAACCGACAUGUUCAACAGAGCUUCAGCAGAGGGAUCUCCAACAGCAUGAGUGUCCAGGACGUGUUCACCUGGGCUAACACUUCACUUCUGCAAAACCUCUUUGGAGCUCACCCAGGAUUCAUCACAGAUGGGAACUCCAAACUAGUGGGUAAUGCCCGCCUACGUCAAGUGAGGGUGAAGACAAGGUCUUGUGAGACUGCAGAGUGGAUGUCUGACUCUGUGCCGAGCUGUCAUGCUCCAUAUUCAUGGGAGACAGAAGACACGGGGCGCUAUAAACCAAACUGGAACCCUAUUGGUCAGGAUCAGAUCACUCAAAACACUUCUGACCCAUGGAAGUACCAGACUGAGAGUGAGCUUCGGUCCCAUUCUGUCAGAGGCAAGAUUCUUCUCUAUAGAGGAGGAGGUUUUGUUGCGGAGCUGGGACCUGAUUUCCACAGAGCUACUAGAACCCUGACAGAUCUUUUCCGGAACAAAUGGCUUGAUUCCUACACAAGAGCCAUCUUCAUUGAAUUUACUGUCUACAAUGCAAAUGUAAACCUCUUCUGCAUCAUCACGCUCUUGCUGGAGACAGCAGCAGUAGGGGCCUUUGAGUUCCAAAGUGAGCUGCAGACUAUUCGUCUCUACAAUUCCACUGAUGGGUUUUACAUCUUCAUCAUGGCCACUGAAAUUACUUACAUGCUAUUCAUCCUGUACUUCAUGUUCCAGCAGGGCAAGUUAAUGAAACAGCAGGGCCGUGAAUACUUCAGGAGCAAGUGGAACCUGUUGGAAUUAUCCAUCAUCCUUCUGAGCUGGUGCGCUGUGGCAGCUUUCAUCGUGAGGACAGUGCUGGGAGAUCAGGACCUGAUGUAUUACCAGAAAAAUAAAAAACAAUUUGCAAGUUUUUACAAUACAGCCGUGGCAGACUACACGCUCCAGUAUCUGAUCGCUUUUAUUGUCCUGCUGGCCUCUGUCAAACUGUGGCAUCUGCUUCGACUCAAUCCAAAAAUGAACAUGCUCACGGCCACACUGCAGCGAGCCUGGCCGGAUCUCUGUGGGUUUGCUUUGGUGAUUUUCAUCACGAUUAUUGCCUACUCCACCACAAGUAAUUUGAUUUAUGGCUGGGAGCUAUCAUCUUACAAAACCUUCAUCACUGCACUCAUGACCAUCAUCAAAAUGCAAAUCGGCAUCUUCGACUAUGAUGAGGUUCUGGAGCACGACCCUGUCCUUGGUGCGUUACUUUUCGGCUCCUGUAUCGUGUUCAUGACCUUCGUAGUACUGAACUUGCUGAUCAGUGUGAUCCUUGUGGCUUUUAAUAUGGAGCAACUGUAUCACCAGCCCUCAGAGGAGGAAGAAAUUGUUGACUUGAUGCUGAAGAAAAUCUGCAGUCUUUUCGGGAUCAAAUACAUCGCAUCUCAGCCCGCUCUGCCUCCUGAGGGCCACAGUGGAGGCCAUAUAGUUCCCCACGAUGAACCGACAAUCCUGCGUCAAUCCUGA